UUAGUGUCCAACAAAUUCAACGUUUUGGGCGGAUGCAAGGCUUUCGGUAAGAAAGAUCUUCGGUAUACGCCAAUCAUCGGCUGGACCUUCUUCUUCGGCGAAUACAUAUUCCUGGAGAGGAAUUGGGUAAAAGACUCCAUGAAUAUCGGCUCCGGCAUCGAUCGCUUGAUGGCUCACAAACACCCCGUUAUUCUGAUGAUCGCUGCCGAAGGCACCAGAUUUACGGCACAGAAGUACGAGACGAGUAUGAAGUUUGCCGCCGAUCGACAGCUCGGUGUCCACUAUAAUCAUCAUUUGUUGCCACGAGUCAAGGGUUUCGCCUAUUCUGUCAAACACUUGAAACAAAAUUACCCCGAGUGCGCUAUAUAUUGUUUUCAGAUGGCAUUUGAUGAGACCCGAGAGUCGAUAAAGGUGUCCACUUUAUUCAAAGGACAGCCAAUGAAUUGCUCAAUACAUCUGAAACGGGUUCCGUUGAGUACUGUUCCCACAGAUACUGACGAACAGAUCACUCAGUAUUUGUACGAUCUCUUCACCGAAAAGGUGCCCAAAAAUUCAUUUUAUUAA